UUUCCUGCCCUGCUCACAGCUGUGAUAUAUUGGUGGACGACAACACAGUCAUGAGACUGAUCACAGAGUCCAAGGUGAAGUUGAAGUACCAACACUUGAUUACCAAUAGUUUUGUAGAGUGCAAUCGACUGUUAAAAUGGUGCCCAGCGCCAGACUGUCAUCACGUAGUCAAAGUCCAGUACCCAGAUGCUAAGCCUGUGAGAUGCACAUGUGGCCGGCAGUUCUGCUUCAAUUGUGGCGAGAACUGGCAUGAUCCCGUCAAGUGUAAGGUAUGUCACAACGGAGUCUAAAUUCAACCUUCCCUG